UGUUGUGGUGCACACACACACACAGACACACACACACAUUUGCAGACACACUUGCACGGCUUAAGUGUGCUCCCUCUGCAGCCUCCAUUCUGACUGCUUCACUACUCUGCUCCACUACCAUCUACUUAGUAGUACCAAAAUCUGCACACACACACGCACACACACAUACAGACACACACACACACACGCAUAAGACUGUAAUGUUGGUGCUACCUUGCUGGGAAAAGUCUGAUUCAGUGGAAGAGUGAAGAAGUGCUCAUUUACCAUGAGCUGUUUGGAUGUUAUGUACCCAGCUUAUGGACAUUACCCGUCUUACUCUGCCGCCGCUCCUGCUUUUAUCAACAGUCUACAGACUGCCACCAGUGUAACCAGCAUCUCACCUCCGUGUCGGGACUUUAUGGACACUCCCAGGAGUGCAGAGGGGAUGCCCAGGGCCCAGGGCACCGUCGGCGGAUCCGCAACCUCAUCCUCUUCGUCCGCCUCUUCCUCCUCCUCCUCCGCCUCCUCGUCUUCGUCCUCCUACACGCCGGCAGCUCUGCGGCCGGACGGGGGUUCCAAGGACAAGCAGGAGGGUCCCGAGGCCGAGUACUUGACCUCCCGCUGCGUCCUCUUCACUUACUACCAGGGGGACAUCAGCACUGUGGUGGACGAGCACUUCUCCAGGGCGCUCAGCUCCUACAUGGAUGGGGAGGGCAAGCGGCGGGCUUCGGAGCAGCAAGCCCCGGGUACCGCAGAAACCCCGUCACCGAGCAGCCGACGAAGCUUCCCUCCAUCCUUCUGGGACAGUAACUACGCCUCGCCUCAAGGCCGCCCCCACUGCGAGACCGGAGCGCCUUCGUAUUCCAUGGACCCCUACGCCUCGGGGCUUCACCCGGGUCUGCCGCACCCACAUGCCCACCCACACCCGCACCCACACGCUCACCCUCACUCCCAUCCUCCUCACCCAGCGGAGAGCUGGGGGUACCCUCAAGCCCAGGCUUACGGGCCCCCGAGGCCUCUCCAUGAACUGUACUCCCCUUCCGCUCUGGAGCCCCACUACGGGCCGCUGCUCAUGCCCACCGUGCGGCCACCUCACCUGGCGACCUUGCCCAGCCACUAUGAAGUAAGCAAGCUGGACCCCACGGCCUCCUGGCCCGGACUGCUCUCCUCAGGGGACGUCGGCCAGACGUUGGCCCUCAACAUGGACGCAGGCCUCCAGCAGCACAAGAAAGGCAAAGAGCUAUACUGGUUCUAACAAGGCCCUCAGUCAUAUUGACCAGCCAUUUACCAAAAGCCAAUUAGUCCUUGGACCUGCUCCGCUAUUGAAGAAGCGUGUCGCCUUUGUUCCAACCCCCCACUCCCCUCAGUACCACCAGCAGCAUGCAUCUCCCCCAACCCCCCCUCCCUCUUGACAAGGAUGCAGCUCCAGGUGAGCGCGGGUGCACCAUGGAGAUAACACAUAAUCUGGACCGACAAACCCCCCUAGCCCGGGAGGACACUGAGCUGGACCUGGAAAGACUUUUGCUGACGAAGGGAUGGACCCAGGGGGAGUCGCUCCAAUGUGCCUGCUUAUCUGCUUUUGUGUCUGCCGUACUGUGGUCGUCAUCAUCCACCCAGAAGAAUUGGACUUUGUGACUAUAUUCACAUGCACUCUGGAAUAAAGUCUUUCUAUUUA